CUGUGAGGCGCGAUCUGGAGCCCAGGCCUCCAGGAGCCACCAAGAACUGCGGCCAGGAGCUGCCACCAUGUCGGAAAAAUUGGAGAUGACAAACAUGGACAUGAAGUUGGGGACCACCCUGAAGAUCAAGGGCAAGAUUGCCAGUGAUGCUGAUGGAUUUGUGAUUAAUCUGGGCCAGGGGUCAGAGAAGCUGAACCUGCAUUUCAACCCACGCUUCCAUGAUUCUGCCAUCAUCUGCAACUCAUGGGAUGGCAACUGGGGGCAGGAGCAACGGGAAGGUCACAUGUGCUUCAGCCCAGGGUCAGAAGUCAAGGCUGGGCGACAGCCACCUGAGCUACCUGAGCGUGCAAGGCGGGUUGAAUGUCUCCUCCUUCAAGAUUGACUAAGUGGAUAGCACUUCACCGGAGUGAAGACCCCGGGUACAGAUGCCCUCUCUGAAGCUUCUCUACCCAGUCACACAGGACCAGCAGCCGCCCAGCAGUUCCUGCCCCCGGGACCCUACUCUCCUCCACUAAAGCGAAGAAGAAACAAAAAGAACACGCCUUUAUCCAGUCUUUCUGUGGCCGGUGUUUUCCAUACAUUGUCAUGCCCCCAGCAUCCUCAUGAUACAGAGAAGGAAACUGAGGCACGAGAUCAUAGGGCUUCGAGGUGGGGGUUGGGACGUGCUCCCAAACACCUCCAAGCACCCACGGCUGCCCUGUGGGAUUACAGGGCAGGCACUGGUUGCAGGCACCUGGGCCAGGGGCUGUUCCAGGAACUGUAGAUAAGCCUCCCACCUGGGCCUCUUUAUCGCUGGAACAGUCAUUCCAGCC